AUGGCCAGCAGUGAAGACAAAUCCACGUCAGCUACCAUGACAACAGAUGACUUUGCAGGCUAUAUCGAUGGCGUGAUCGAGAAGCUUCAAAGCAAAGUGGAGACGGUGAAUAAUGAAAUCAAUGACAAGUUGGAAGACAUGAGCAAGAGGAUUGAUGGCCUUGAACGUUCCUUGAACGACGCCCUUUCGCGUAUUGAACAAAACGAGUCAAAGGACAACAACAGCAAUGCUAGCGACGCAUGA